UUUCUAGUAAAUUUCUAACUAUUUGAAUUUUUCAUAUUCAUUUUUAUAUUUUAAUCAUAUUUAUUAAUUUAUAUUUUAAUAAUACAAAUUUUUAUAUUUUUUAAAUAUUCUUUAUAAGUUCAACUACUGUGUAUAAUUAUUUAAUAUAUUAUGUUUUACAAUGAGUUUUAAUAAAUAUGAGUUGCCCAUCAUCAAAUGACACGGGGUCUUAUUGUUCGUCUAAAAACCACGUUGGUCCCAAAUUCUCCGCUGAUCCUGUAAUACUUUCUAAACUUUGCUCUAAAAGGACGAAAUCCUCCAUUCCUUCCAGGGAUUCUCUUUGGUCUUAUCCUUCACAACAACAAUUCUACAAAUCAACUCUUAAUAAAGGUCACAACGUUGAUGCUAAUUUGAUUCCUACGAUAGUUGAGAUUCACAAUAUUGUCAAUGAAAAGGCUUGGGAGCGUGUCAUGGAGUAUGAAUCAAUUUACAAAGAAACUUGCAACAAUCCAGUUCUGGUCCAUUUCGUUGGAAAUAAAGAUAAACAUACUUUUAAAUCAAUUUUAAACUACAUAACUGGGUACAAAUUACCCUUCGAUAGGCACGACUGGACAGUUGAUAGAUGCGGCAAUCGCAGGAGGUAUAUUUUGGAGUUUUAUGAAGGAGCUACUGAUGAUCCUAAUAAACUAGGUGUGUACAUUGACGUUAGGCCUGAUCUUUCCUUUAACGGCAUCUGUGAUAGACUCAGAUUCUGGGCUCACAAAUCUUUUAGUGGUGUAUAAACCACUUGUAUAAUAUUUAUUGUCUUAAUUUUUUACACACAAUCGUUU